UAUGGAUUGUGUAUUAUUUGUCAGCUAAAAAAAGCUAUAAAGUGCUCUCCUUUUGAUAUGAUAGCCCAUCCAAGCACAACCACCAUGAGAAAGCUAUUUCUAAUUACAGGUCUCUGUCUUUCCUUUGGCAGUUUGGUGUCAUCCACCAGACUGGUGUGUUAUUUCACUAACUGGUCCCAAUACCGUCCUGGCAAUGGGAAGUUCAUGCCUCUCAAUAUUGAUCCAAACCUGUGUACCCACCUGAUCUAUGCCUUUUCUGGUAUUAACGAGGCAAACGAGUUGGUCACCAUAGAAUGGAAUGAUGAUGUACUCUAUACAUCCUUUAAUGGACUCAAACAGAGGAAUCCAAAUCUUAAAACACUGUUGGCAGUCGGAGGCUGGAACUUUGGAACUCAAAAAUUUACAACAAUGGUGUCAACACAAGCCAACAGAAAUACAUUCAUCCAAUCUUCUAUCAAACUACUGAGGAAAUAUAGUUUUGAUGGACUUGAUUUGGACUGGGAAUACCCUGCUGGAAGAGGAAGUCCUCUGGAAGACAAACAAAGAUUCACAGUUUUAUGCAAGGAACUCCUAGAGGCCUAUCAGUCUGAGGGAACAGCAACUGGCCGGCCCAGAUUAUUGGUUUCUGCUGCUGUGGCUGCUGGGAAAGGAACCAUUGAUGCUGGUUAUGAAAUCGCAGAGAUGGCAAAGUACCUGGACUUUAUCAACGUGAUGACGUAUGACUUUCAUGGCACCUGGGAGACUGUGACAGGACAUAACAGCCCCUUAUACAAGGCAGCCCGUGAAACAGGGGACCAAGUUUACUUAAAUACUAACUAUUCCAUGAGAUAUUGGCGAGACAAGGGAACACCUGUAGAAAAGCUAAAUAUGGGCUUUGCUACAUAUGGAAGAACAUUUCAACUGUCUAGUCAAUCCAGUGUGGUUGGAGCACCAGCCAGUGGUCCAGCUGCUGCGGGUGCUUUUACAAGAGAGGCUGGCUUCUGGUCCUAUUAUGAGAUUUGCACUUUUCUUCAAGGAGCCAGUGUCGAGCUGAUUGAGGAUCAGAACGUUCCAUAUGCGGUCAAACAAAAUCAGUGGGUUGGAUAUGACAACAAAGAAAGUUUUGCGACUAAGGUCCGUUACCUAAAGGAUAACAGAUUUGGAGGAGCUUUCGUCUGGGCUCUGGAUCUGGAUGACUUUAAUGGAAGGUUCUGUAACCAGGGAAACUACCCUCUCACCAGCUAUCUCCGCUCUCUUGUAGCCCCAGAUCUUCCUCCUCUUCCCACUACAGGAACCAACCCAAAUCUAGUGACUCAGUCUCCACACAAAAAACCAAAUCAACCUCAUAUCAUACCUCAUCCCAGACCAACAAUCACUACUCCAUCCAACAACCAAGACAACUUCUGUGCUACAAAGACUGGUGGGGUUUAUGCCAAACCUGAUGCCCCAGGUUACUUUUACAAUUGUGCCAAUGGCAUCACCUGGAUCCAAAACUGCCCAGCUAAUUUGGUCUUCCAAGAUAGCUGCAAAUGCUGUAACUGGCCCUAAAAGCAGGGGCGGAUUUAGUCAUUUUGGGGCCCAAGGCAAACACAGACAUGGGGCCCUCUACAUCUCUUGUUUCCCCCCUUUUGUCCAUCCUUAUUUUUCUAAGAAAGUCCUACUUGUAACUUCUCUUCAGCAGUCUUCACACAGCAAUGAUGUCUAGACAUCUGGAGUUGCAUCUGUAAGAAAAAAAGAAGAAAAAAAACACAGAACAUUCUGUUUAACAGAUGCAUCCACUGUAUUGUCUUUUUAUAGGGAAGAGCUGCCAUUGGUUGUCAUUUACCUUGGUUGCCUCUUUGAUAUUAUCUCUUAUGGAUCUGCUUGCUGCUACAUGUUUGUGGACUUCUGUCUUGCGUUACUAAAGUGAGAAGAAACACACAAGACAAUAAGUGAUCAAUUAUGGAGACAUCAUUUUAAUUAAAAUAACUUACCGUUUAAAAUGUUUACCUUUUUUCCUUUCACUGACUUUCUCCUGCUCUCCCAUUUUUUCUGACCAUUUCUUCAUUUCCCUUGUCUCUGUUUUUGCAUCUGUCUUUCUCGUCUUCUCCCUUUGGUCUUUGCCUGUCUUUUUCUUAUUCUCCCUUUGGUCUUUGCCUGUCUUUUUCUUAUUCUCCCUUUGGUCUUUGUCUUUCUCCUCCAUUUUCUAUUUGUAUUUGUCCGUCUUUCUCUUCAUCUCACCUUUCUUCUAUGUCUUUGUAUUCUCUUCCGCUCUCUUGAAUGUAUUUAUGUACAUUGAGUUUCUUUGGCUUUCUCUUACUAAUUAACUCAGCUUUAAUGGGUGAGUAACAAAUGAAGGAAAUCUUGGGCUGAUCUCUCUCUCUGUUGUUGUGUGUGUGUGUGUGUGUGUGUGUGUGUGUGUGUGUGUGUGUGUGUGUGUGUGUGUGUGUGUGUGUGUGUGUGUGUGUGUGUGUGUGUGUGUGUGUGUGUGAGUGAGUGAGUGUCUGUGUGUGAGUGAGUGUCUGUAUUGUCUAUAAUCUGACCUUGCGAGCUUUGGCCUCAGCAAAUCUUGCUAUCACUGAUUCCAUAUCCAGAGACUUCCUGACUUCCUGCUCGAUAGAGAGAACAGCUAGAGCAGACAGCCUGUCCUGGGACAUAGUUGAUCUGAGGUACGUUUUGAUUAGUUUCAAUGAUGAGAAACUUCUUUCACCUGAAGCUACUGUAACAGGGAGAGUGAGGAGGAGUCUGAAAGCUAUACUCAAAUUUGGAUAUAUGUCAAGUAAAUUCUCUUUAUAUAUAUAGUCCAGCAUCUCAAAUGGUGAUGAGACAUGUGGCGGGAAUGACCUAACUGCACACUUUACCUCAAGCUUCAGAUCUUCUGCAUCAAUGUCAUCCAUCCUCUGCUCUAAUCUGUGGCAGCAUUCAUCCAGCUUCCCUUCCUUCUCAGUGCUUCUCAUUAUGUCGAUUGAGUAGAGAAAUCCAUAAAGCUCAUAGAAGAUUUCCGUGUUGGAAAAUCUGUCCUCUACUGUGACAAGAGCUGUAUCUAUUAGAGGUAGAAAAAAACUCUCUUUUGAAGAGCUCUUCUGCAGUUGACUGAACGUGCUCUGUUCCCUCAUACUCAAACUGUUUGGUUUUUCUUCUCUGACGCACCUCAGGCCAGCUCAUCUCCACCUCCAGCUUCUCUGCUAUCUCCCUGGCAUCUGUUUUCGCAGAAAUCCUUCACUGCGAAAUUCCUGAAGGAAUUCUUUCACUGCCCUGAUUUCUUCCCUCACUGUCUCGACUGAAACUUUGGGGCUCUGAAGGAUCUUACUCACUUUGUUUACCUGGAACAAGACAUCGUACCACACUAUGGUACUCACCACAAAAGGCCAUCUCUGCAGCUCCUUGCAGACGCUUUCAGCUGUUGAGACAACAUCUGCAUCUCGUUUCUCUGUGGCGUACUCCUUUAGAGCAGUUAAUGCCUUCACGAUUUCAGGCAGCUGGUAGCGAACAGCUUUCACAGCUUCAACUCUUCACUCCCACCUGGUUGUAGACAACGCUUUAAGUGUAAGAUUCUUGACGUGUUCUUUGAGAAUGGUCCAACGUUGAACUGAGGAGCUGAAAAGAGUGUAAAGUCGCUGUAACAGCCCAAACCUGCAUCACCGACAACAAGAUUCAGUGUGUGACUUCCACAAGGAACAUAUAACGCUUUGUCGUUUAAUUCCAGCACUCUCUUUUGGACUCCCUGCUUUUUACCCUGCAUGUUGCUCCCGUUAUCGUAAGACUGGCCUCGACAGUUGCAAAGAUCCAGUCCUAGUGUUUGUAGAUGGCCUAAAAAUGUCUCACAUAAGCCUUUUCCUGUUGUGUCAAGUGCCUGAAGAAAUCCAACAAAGUGCUCAUAGAUGGAGACACCCUUUGAUAACUCACAAUUAACAAUUCGUAGCACCACUGAGAGCUGCUCAUUGUGACUGAGGUCUGGAGUGCAGUCCAUAAUUACUGCAUAGUAUUUUGCCGUUUUCACUCUCUCUACAAUUGCAUCAGUUGUACAUUUUGCCACAAGGGAAAUAAGUUCAUUUUGGAUAUGCUUGCUUAAAUAGGUGUCAGUUAGCUGUUUUGCCUGAAUUCUCCUCAGAUGCUCUCGCAUCACUGGGUCAAACUGAGCCAUUAAUUGCACUUGUCCAAGGAAAUUUCCAUUACCAGACUCGAACAAUUUGUCUGAGUGGCCACGAAAUGCAAGAUUGUGCUCUGCCAGAUGGUUUACAACUGCAAUAAGUCGUCUUAAAAUCUCUUUCCAGCGGUUUACUUCAAGAGCAAUUAGAUCUUGGUUUACCUGAUCUAUAGCUGUGUUUGUUUGUAGUUUCUGUGAAAGAUUGCGCCAAGCAUCCAUGUUUGUGAUGUGGUCUGUAGACCUCUCAUGCUGUCUCAAGUGGGCAGAAAGAUUUUUCCAGUAACUGAACCCAUCCUCACUUAGCUGAGUGGCCUUUUCUCGGUUACCAAAAAAGCGGCAACAAAAGCACAUAACACAGUCAUUUUUUUCACUGUACAUGAGCCAGGACCGCUUUACUUUUUCUCCAUUCUUCAUUUGCAGGUAAUAAUUGCUGCUUGUAAAUCUUCGCCCCUCUUGAUUUCUAGGAUAAAUUCUGUCGUCCUUGCUCUGAACUGGGCCUCUCUGCACUAUUGAGCAGCGCUCUUUGUCAGUGAGAUGUUUUGGCCAGAGUGCUGGGUCAUCUUCAAGAGCAACACAUUGGUCAGAAUGACUGCUAGUACUCAUUAGUUGUUCAUUGGAAUUGCCAUCUUUUUCGUCAUAGACGUCGUCAUCAUUAUUCUCACGGUCACUGAAAGUGAACGCGGAAGUUUUGUUACCUGAAGUUGAAGGCUCCUCCUCAUCCUGUAAAGUUGCCUUGGAUGUAACGUUAGCAGCAAUAUUGCUUGAGCAGCCUGGGCUGGCACUGUCGGCAGCAACGGGUAGCUCCUCCUCGCUAGCAGCAGUGCUAACGCUCGUAAUGGUGGUUGUAGCGUUGUUGUCAUGGUCAGCGGCGGGCAUCACGAAAAAGUUUGUUAACUUCGGCAAUUUUUUUAAAAACGUUUUACUUUCCUCCCGCUUCCUCCUUUUUUCAGCACCGCUUGGGUAGUUUCGCUUCAUUUUUACUCUACUCUGUCACUCAGUCUGCACACACACUCUUUGUCUGUCACUUUCUUUUCUCCGUUUAUAUGUCAAUGGUUUUUUGGCGCAUUACACAGCCUUGUCACUUUCGCACAUGCGCAGUAAGUGAGAUAAUGGAAUAGUCCAAUGUAGUGAGUGAGAUGGGGGGGCCCCCUCCGGUCUGCGAAACUAAUGAUUUGAUGCCAUUUUUCGCAAAUGGAGUUUUAGAAAUACAUAAUUUGCGAAAAGUGAAAAAACAAAACAACCUUAAUUAUAAGUUAAUGGGGCCUUUUGGGGGCCCCUAGGUAGCUCGGGGCCCAAGGCAAUUGCCGACCUUUGCCUAAUGGUAAAGUCCGCCCCUGCCUAAAAGCUUGCACCUCAUCAAAAGUGAGCACAAAUAAUUCUUGUUAUUUACAAGUUAAAGUUUUUUUUGUCAAUUUAACAAUGGGAAUGUAGUGCUUAUGAGACUAUAUUUUUUUUAAGUGUAAUUGAUUAUCUUAUAUUUUCUCUUUCCUAAAACGGGUAAUUAAACCUUAAGCAUUAAACACACAAUGGUAAACCUUAAGGAUUUUCCGUUACACUGUAACUUAAAACAUAACAUAUAAUGUUGUAGUAGCCUAUGGUCUAUAAUAUGUAAAAAAAAAAAAA